AUGCAGUCCCUUUCAGUUUCUCGCUCCUCUCUCUACCACACCAGUCAAGUUCUCUCCACCAAAACUCCCACCUCCCAUCAAAGCAGACUCUUUUGCCGAUUUUCUCCUCAUCACCUUCAACAAUUACAGAGGCAUCAGCAGUUUGCCUCUCUCAGCUACAACCCACUAAGAGUGUUGAGAAUGGCCAAGAAAGGGCGUGGGGCUGGUGCUGUUUGCUAUGCUGCGCCGCUCACACCUGGGAAUCUUCAAUGGGUCUCCGCUGUUUCGACUGCAGUCCUGAUGCUAGCAAGGGGAACAGCUAUUCACAAAUCAUUUCUUGUUCCUUUGUUUGCACUACAAGCACCUGCAAGCAUUCUCUCAUGGAUGAAGGGUGAGUAUGGCAUGUGGACUGCUUUCUUGGCCCUUCUCGUACGUCUCUUCUUCUUUAUUCCGGGGGAAUUGGAAUUGCCGUUUAUAACAUUGAUGUUGGUGAUUGUGUCUCCAUAUCAAAUUAUGAGGCUGAGAGGAACAAAGGAAGGUGUGAUUUUUUCAUUGGUAAUAGCAGCUUAUUUGGCUUUCCAGCAUUUUACGAGAGCCGGCAGCUUGGGAAAAGCUUUCGACCAAGGUUCAAUCAUUGCUACCUUAGCCACCAUCUGUAUUGUUGCUGUACCGUGCUUGCUUUUGAUCUAA